CUGGCAGACCACGGAUCUUCAGCCCAUCGCCAUGGCUGGGAGCUACACGCUGCUACGAUCCUGUUCGUUUGCCAUUUCUGUCAAGGUGUGAAUUAUUUAUAACGCGCGCUGUUGUUCAAGAACCCCUCGUCGAUGACGGAAAGGACCCAUUCGAUUGUAUUUGCGUUAUUUGUUGCGAAGAGUUUGGGGGGAGAACGCGAAGCGCGCUCCGUUUGGGAAUUCUCUUGUGGACAGGGUGCACGUAUUUUCGGUGUGAUAUUUCCUGCACCUGUGGAUGAGCUGAGCUCACGCUAUACAGAUACUCUUAUGAGAGAAAAUGCAGAACCGCGCUGGGUGGAGCAGCGUCGCGUGAUGUAGGAACCCGGUCAUCAGAAACCUCAUUGCUGCAGAUGGACAAAAUACUAACAGGGAGAAUGCAGUUCCUACGCGGGUCUCCGUAAACGUAGUAGGGGAGAUGGGGGAAGCAGAAGGCAUGCCGAGUGCAUCGGAAGACGGUCUUCUUACAACCUGGCGGUGGAAUAAAAACGCGAAGGAGCAAGUCCAGCUGAAGCAGAAGAUCAAAGACCUACCAGGGUUGUUAAAACACGGAUUGCAUCUGAGGAAGAAAAGUCAAUUACCGGACUCCACUCCAGGACCAAGUGCAGGUUUCACUAAACAUAAGGCCUGCUCCGAAAACUUUCCCUGUGCUGGAAGAGCAUUGAGGAAUGCCUUUUUAUCCCAUGGCCCAUAUCCCGCCAAGGACAGAAUUCAUCUUGCUAGGAUCAUCAGGAGGAGCUAUGUUGGCUUGGAGCUGGUGCAGUGGCUUCUGGAACAGUGUCUGUUUGUCCAGUGUAGGAUGAUGGCAACAAAGGUCUGGCAAGUCCUUAUGGAGCUGGGAAUUCUGCUCUCAGUGGACCAACGCCUCGUGUUUGAGGACUCCAACACAUACUACCAGUUCUCCUUUGAGGAGUGUGAGACUCAAGGUUGUGAGUUUCGGAACGAAGCAGAGUGGCAGAAUGGAGUACGCCUUCUCCUGCAGCUGGUCCCCUAUGUCCAGUUCCGUGUGGGACUUGGUAGCCUGCCCCAGGAGGACACGCAGGGAAAGGGGGAGAUGAGUGCGGAGAUCCUGCAGAUGAAGGCUCUGGAGAGGCUGACAUCCACGGUGCAGAAUGAACUGGCUGUAACACUUGCAAGGAAGCGGAAAUCAAUGGCAGAAGAGGACCAUCCAAAGCCUGAGGAGACUGGAGAGAAGCACAGCCAGAGCCCCGCUGAGGACAAGCAGGCGGGUGUCUGUGCCCUACACGACAAGGAGGACAUGUCCCGGCUGGAGAUGGUCCAGAGGCUCGCCAAGGAUGGCUGCCGCCUCCUUCAGACUCAGAGCAGCAAAGUCCCCGACCGGAGUGCGGAGCCCCACAGUGCCGAGGCUCUGCGCGUGUGUCUGAAAGAGCGGGGCCAGGACGUGCUGGUUCUCCAGAGGGUGUCGUCAGAGCGACUGCCCCCCCUUCCCUCAGCCGGGGGAGGGAGACAGGAGGAGAAGGACAGGAGGUAUGUGGUGGUGUCCGGGACGCCCGAGAAGAUCCUCGAACACCUGCUGAGUGACCUGCGGCUGGAUGACGGCCAGGGAACAACACAGGGCAAGGAGGCGGAGACCCUCCUGGAUGACUUCCUGUUGACCUAUCUGGUGUUUAUGUCAACAAACGAUCUGUGUCAGGCGCUGCUGGGACACUAUUGCUCGAAGAGAUACAGGGGAAAAGAGGAAGGCAAGGAGGCACUGUACAGGAAGCGCAAAGUCCUGCACCUGGUGUCUCUGUGGAGCGUCCUCUACAGAGACUUCCUGAGAGACGACGAGCAGGUCAAACUCUUUAUGAAGACCCUGUAUCGAUAUGUGCUGGAUGACCUGUACGAAUAUCCUUCUCUGGAGAAAGAUUUGAAAGAGUUCCAGAAACUUCUGCGCAUGCAUCGCAGGCACACGGUGGACGAGUACUCCCCGCACAGAAAGAAUAAGGCUCUCUUCCACCAAUUGAGUCUGAAAGAAAACUGGCUCCAUCCCAGAGGACCACAGAGGGAGACCAGGGAAGUGUUCUGUCAUGUGUAUGUGACUGUGGACUCGUACCUGAGCGUGAGGACACAGGUGACCGUGGUGGCCCAGGACCUGCUCCAUGCGGUAGCUGAGAGGCUGGAGUGUGCAGAGGACGACAUGGUGCUGGUGGCAGUGACCUACCCCGGAGAAAAACUCAUUCUUCAACCACAUGACAGCAUUUAUUCAGAGGCGCUGACUGUGCCAGGGAGACUGCUCGUGUGCCGGAAAGAUCUGAGUGAAAUAAUGAACCCAUUCAGUGACAGUGCAGAACUCCAGCAGAGAGCUGUCAGACUGCUGGGCAUGAACACGUGGGAUGUGUCUGUCGCCCUCACUAACUUUGACUGGAGCCUCUUCAACUCGAUACAUGAGCAAGAGCUGAUCUACCACACGUUCAGCCGUCAGACUGGUGGUGGCCACACGGUGGCGCUGGACCUGCUGCUGCAGCGCUGUAAUGAGGUGCAGCUGUGGGUGAUGACGGAAGUGCUGCUGUGUGCCUCACUGUGCAAGCGCGUCCAGCUCUUCAAGAAAUUCAUCAAGAUUGCUGCCCACUGUAAAGCCCAGCGGAACCUGAACUCAUUCUUUGCCAUCAUUAUGGGUCUCAACACAGCUGCAGUCAGCCGGCUCAAUCAAACAUGGGAGAAAGUCCCAGGCAAAUUCAAGAAGCUGUUUUCAGAGCUUGAAAUGCUAACAGACCCCUCCCUCAACCACAAAGCCUACAGGGACGCCUUCAAGAAGAUGAAGCCCCCCAAAAUUCCCUUCAUGCCACUGCUUCUGAAAGACAUCACUUUUAUUCAUGAGGGCAACAAAACUUUUCUUGAUAACCUGGUAAAUUUUGAGAAGCUGCACAUGAUCGCGGACUCUGUUCGUCUCAUCCGACACUGUCAGACUGAUCACAUGGGGAAUGAAGUGGCCCAGAAAGACAGCCCAGACGUCAGGACCUAUGUUCAGUACCUUCACAUCAUCGACAAUCAACAGACUCUAUUUGAGCUGUCCCACAGACUGGAGCCCCGAGUGUAAAGCACCAAAACACAGCCCCCUGACUCUUGAACACUUUGAGAGGGUGAGAAGGGAAGCACUCUUAAACACUACUUUAACUGCAUGGCACCAACCCAAGCAGACACAUGAUUGGCCAAGCUCCUGUGGGAGUGAACGAAUAGGAAUCCCUUUGAGCUGAGCCUGAAGUAUCAACCGCAUGCACCAGCUCAUCCACCAGGGGGAGAAAGAGGUCCACACAGCCAAACACUGACCAAGAGAUGUAACAUAACCAAAGGAGAGACUGUGAUUUACUUGUUUCAGGAACUCUGAUUAAGUGAUUACAUCUUUAUUUUAAGAGUUUCACACAUAGAUAAUCCACAAUACUAUGGAAUACACAAAGAUGAGCCAAGAAUGUCCUCUAUUUCAGUGGACACAUAGUGAUAGAUGUGUUAAGACUGGGCCAAGUAUCCUGAUUCAGCAGGAUAGUAAUUCACACAGUAUGUGCACAUCACAAUAGCUUAGCGUAAGAAACAAACCUUGACACAGUGAAACUCCACAACUGACACCUGUCAGGGUACAAUGUGAAAUGGUUUAAAAUAGCAGUAUUAUUUGUGAAAAGUCAGUUACUUUUGAAACGUGAUGGAUGAUUUCUUCUAGUUGACCCCUAAAUUAUUGCCAUCACUAUGCGGUUGAAAAAAUUUGUGCACGAUUGUUUUCACUGGUCACUUGUUUUGUUGCAGGAUACCAGUUUGCUCUUGCAAUUUCCUUUGUGUUAAUUUGUACUUCCUGUACUUUCUCAUCCUGUCGUAUGAAACCUGGUGAGAUUUCUGAAUUGCACAGAUGUUUUGAUUUAAAAAGAAAAAGUAUUGUAAAUGUACAUUGAUAUAUGUUACAUGCAUUAUAAUUUUUGUCACAUACUUUUGCUGCAUUACACUGUAUGUAUAUAUAUUUUGUUUGUACUUCAAAGCCAGCCAUAACAUGUUACCAUUUGUCAGUGCCAAACAUAAACCAAAUGAUGCAAUGUAAAUUAUCCAGUUUUAUUUUCAGUUGUUAUGCCUCAAGUUGAAAAAAUUGUGUACAGAAUAAUACAAUUGCACAUGUCAACAGUGUCUCAACCUGCUACUCUAUGUGCAGAGAUAUGUGUGAGCUGUGUAACCAUGAAAACCACAUCCAAAAGUCCAGCGCAACGCUGACAAUUGACGGACAAUCAGAGGGUAACACUGAGAUAACAUGUCACUAUACCCUGUUGUCUCUCAGCUUAUGGCAUUAUAAAGGAAUUAGCAAUAGUAGCACCAUAAAAUGAAUGGUGGUAGUUUAGUUUUACAUACUAGAGAAAGUGUUGUUUUUUCCACAUGCAGAUUAGAUGAGAUGCCUUCAACAGAUAUUGAAAUGUUGAAACUUGGUACUAAAACAAACAAGUUGUUCGGUCUCUUGAGCAGCAGAAACGCUUAAUAUAGUAAUUGCUGCCUGUCUCACAAUGCAAAUUCAUUAUUGUUAUUACCUUAUUCCUUCAUUUUUGACUGAAAAUGUAUACUGUUUUACUCACAGAAUGGUCCCUCUCUUUUAUGGACUACUUUUUAUAAUCAAGAUAUUCUAUUUCCAGUCAUCAUUGUCCUGCCCAAGAAACUCACUGCUUUUUUUCAAGAAAAGAAUCAAAGAAAUUAAAGCAUUGUAUGUAACAUGUCUACAGCACUUGAAAACCACUGAGUCAUGUUGUAUCUGUUUUGACAGGUGUUAGAUUUUCAAAAAUGCAUUUUCUUGAAAUCUGUAAACUCGUCCCUUGCUUUGUUUGACUGAAGGGGGCAUUAAGACUUAUUUAUUGGGUAGAGUUAUUUAUUUGUGUUUUGACUGAGGACAGCAGCAGUUGCUUUGUAGAUGUGGUGGAAGCUCACACCAUGAAUGAAUAGUAGCCGUCAUACAAAACGGUCCAGUGAGAUUGAGCUGAGUUGGUCUGUAUGACAUGGCGAAACCAUGGAUUGACCAAUGAACUUAAUGAGCAUGGAAACCGAGUCCUCUGGAACGAUAUUCUAACUGUAAAUAUGCUUACAAUGUGUCAAUUACUAUUAUUAUAAUUUGUAUUUUUAAAAAAGCGCCACAAAGCAAUACAUGUCCAUUGUGUCUGUGUUCUGUCUGGCUUCUGAACCAUGCCUCCUUUAUAAUUGAGGGUUUUUACAGUUAUUCCAAAAUGUAACAAAACAAAAAAAAAUAAAAGGUUUUAUGUACCAUUAAUG